AUGGCUUUCAUCGCCUACAUUAAUUAAUCAUCACAAUUCUAUAAAUACUUUGCCUAGCAACAUCAAAAUAUACACAUCAAUUGUUACAAAACCCAAAUCCAGAAAGUCUUUCAGUGUUACAAUAAUCAACCAUGUCAAUGAGCUUGUCUGCUAGUUCCCUCAUCAUUCCUGCUCAUGUGUGUCUCUUUAUGAUUAUGACCACAACAUCAAUAGCUCAGUUUGUCCUCGACACAAACGGUGAACCCGUUGAAGGCGACAAGGGAUACUUCAUCAGACCAGUUAUCACAAACAACGGAGGACGUUUUACUUUGGUCAACAGAAAUGGAUCAUGUCCUUUACAUGUUGGUCUUGAGAACACUCACUUUCCACAACAUAGUUUGGCUGUAAAAUUCACUCCUUUCUCUCCCCAUCACGACUUUGACGAUGUGAGACUUAACCAAGACUUGAGGGUGACAUUCCAAGCCUCCCCAAGUUGCGAGCAGUCAACAGAAUGGAGGUUGGGUGAAAUCACAAGGACUGGAAGAAGGUUGAUUGCAACUGGGAGAGAUGAUGACACAGUUGGAUCAUAUGGUAACUUCUUUAGGAUCAUAGAGACCCGAAUUGCAGAUAUGUAUAAUAUUCAGUGGUGCCCUACAGAGGUAUGUCCUAAUUGUAGAUUUGAAUGUGGCACUAUAGGUACUCUUCUUGAGAAUGAAAAGAUUCUGUUGGCACUGGAUGGCAGUCCCCUCCCGAUUUUUUUCGAGAAAGAAUGAUUUUUAAUUUUGUUUUGUUAGGGUGGUGGAUUUAGGUGCCAUUUUCUUGAUUCAUGUAAUAAAGGUCCAAAAGCUUGUGUACAACUUUUAUACUAUAUAUUUGGAGAACUCAUCGUCACUGUAUUUUAUUGAGUAAGCCAUAUUUUUUCCUAUCGAAGGUGUGGAGGGUUGUUAUUAUUUUUUUGAAAGGCAAAAAGCAGACAGAGAUAUAUUAAUAGAAAGGCAUAAGCAAUGCCAUAGUUCAAUAUAAAAAGGUACAAAACUCAAACCAGAAACUAAGUGAGAAGUUGAGACAUUAGAGUAACUUAU